UUGAUUCCCCUAUAAGUCUCAAAGCAUCGCCAAAAAAUCAAACUAAAAACAAGGAGCUCAAGUCUCUCCAAACAUAGCAAUAAUAAGCCUAGAUGAGUUCCUUGAAACCUUCGUUGAAGCCAGACGUGAGCUUAUCUCUUGCAUUAUCACCUUCCCCUUCUCAUCAUCACCAUGAAAACCUACAGCCUGAAGAAAGAGGUAUACGUCUCAUUCAACUCCUCCUAAAAUGUGCCAACCAUGCUUCAUCCGGCAACCUCCAUCGGGCUGACGCAUGCCUCUCAGAGAUAUCAGAACUCUCAUCUAUAUUUGGCGAUUCCAUGCAGCGUCUAGCUGCCCGAUUCGCCUCUGCCUUAGCCAUCCGUCUUGUUAAACGCUGGCCAGGGCUAUACAAGGCCUUGAAUAAUCAACAGCAGCACAAGAUAGACGUAGACCAAGCCAAGCCUCUCUUUGCAAGAGCAUUUCCUUACCUUGGUUUUGCGUACAUGGUUUUAACUCGAACUUUAGUUCAAGCCAUGACAUACGAGCGUGUAAUUCACAUCGUGGAUUUGAACUCCGGUGAUCCAAAAUUGUGGGUUCCUCUUCUCCAUAGCUUAGCUCACUUACCAGAUGGGCCUCCACAUUUGAAGAUCACUUGUCUAAAUAGAGACAAAGCUAUUCUAGACAAGUUGGGUCAAAGCCUCGUAAAAGAAGCUGAAACCUUAGACAUGCCCUUUCAAUUUAAUCCUCUGAGCAUAGGGUUAAAAGAACUAACAGUCGACAUGCUAAAGGUAAGAUCAGGAGAGGCAUUAGCUUUCUUUUCAAUAUUAAAUCUUCACGUUUUAUUAGCAGAAGAUGAUCAAGUAGAUGUACAUUUUGGAGGUAGAAAAUCUAAUAGUGUUAAAAAUUGUAAGCCAAUGGGUGAUUUUUUGACAACGAUUAGGUCAAUGUCACCCAAGCUAUUAUUUUUGGUAGAACAAGAAGCAGAUCUUAAUUUAAAUCGAUUAGUUGACAGAUUUGUUGAGGGAUUGCACUAUUACAGUGCAGUGUUUGAUUCAAUUGAUGCCACUUCAGGAAAUCUGGGGGGUGAAGGAAGGAUGAUUUUAGAGGAAAUGUUUGGGAGAGAGAUUGAAAAUAUUGUAGCAUGUGAAGGAUUAGAAAGAUUUGAAAGACAUGAAAGGUAUGGAAGGUGGGCAAUCAGAUUUGGACAAGGAGGGUUUAAGCCUGUGAGGUUGUGGUUCAAUUUUAAUGAUCAUGUCAAACAAAUGGUUGAUGGCUUUGGUAAGGGUUACAAGAUCGUUAGUGAGAAAACGAGUUUGAUGAUUUGUUGGCAUGAACGUCCUCUUUAUGCUGUGAGUGCAUGGACAUGUUAAUUGAUUUGUAUAUAUAUUUUGAAUUUUUUUUUU